AUGGACACGCAGGUUGGAACAACUGCAUCGGUCCACAACACUACCUUUGUGCGACCAGUUGGGUUUUACAUCAGAGGUUUUUAUGCUUUGCAGCACACUGAUUAUUAUUUUGUAUUCCUGUCAAUUGUUUACAUUGCAACAUUGUUAGCAAACUUUCUGAUCAUGUCAAUAAUUUGGUUUGCAGACAGCUUGCAUACACCAAAGUACUUUGCAAUUUUUAGCUUAGCCGUGGUGGAUGUCAGUUAUAGUACAGCACUUAUUCCAAAAUCGAUCGAUGCUUUUCUUUUCAAUGCCAGAUUUGUUUUUUAUGAUGCCUGUUUAACGCAGAUGUUCUUUGUACAUUAUUUUUCUUCGAUGGAAUCAUUUGCUCUCUCUGUUUUAGCUUAUGACAGGUUAAUAGCUAUCUGCUUUCCCCUGAGAAGCAACACACUCAACUCAAACACAAAAAUGGUUUUAGUUAUAAUUGUUUCCUGGGCAAUUCCUUUCGUUGUGGUUAUGAUCGUGGUCGCUCUCAUACCUCGAUUGUCAUUCUGUAAAUCUACGAUCAUUAACAGCUACUUUUGUGAUCACGGACCAGUAUUUAAAAACACUUGCAGUGAUUAUUCUGCAAAUUGGUUUAUGGCUGCAUUUUAUAUCGUUGUUUUAUUUUUUCUCCCUUUGGCGUUCAUUAUGCUGUCCUAUGUGUGCAUUAUAGUUGCCCUCUUGAAGAUUGCAUCGGCAGAAGAAAGACGUAAAGCAUUUAAAACGUGCACAACUCAUUUAACCCUAGUAGCAGUGUUUUAUACACCGCUGUUAGUGACCUAUAUCAUAGCGUGGGUAAACGUGACUAUCGACACAGACACCAGAAUUCUUAACACAUCUCUGUCUGCGGCUAUACCUCCUCUCCUUAAUCCGAUUAUAUACACUUUAAAGACUGAGGAAAUUAUGGAGCAAAUAAAAAAAUAUUUCAGAAAUCUAAAAAUUAACGCUCUAAGUUGA